AAGGAAAGUCUGCUGGGGGGAAAGUUGCAGACCUAGGAAGGUAGCUUGAAAGCUGGAAGGGAGCCAGCUUAUUUGGGAUAGAGUUUUGCAGCCCCAUAGAGUUUAAGGUUUGAGUUAAGGGCUGGUUGGUGUUCUGUUUUGCUCUUGCUGUGAAAUUAAGGGUGGCUUAGUGGGGAGGAGGUGGCCGUGGAGGAAUGCUAGAGAGGUUCUCUGCAUUGGGACUGAAGCCAAGAUAGAGCCCUGCAGGAACCAGGGAUCUGAUGGGCUGAGGAAGAGCCCUGCAAGGACCAGGGGGGUUGAAUCCAAGUUAGGGUCAAGGUGCCUGGUGGGCUGAUGCCAGGAUGCGGCCCAUUGAAUUUUGCAGGUGGGAACAGCCCAGCAAGGGCCCAGGGCCUGCAUGAGCAGAAGGGGCAAGAGAACCUGGUAAGCUGAAGCUCAGGCAAGGGUAGGGGCCUAGGAAACUGAAGCAGGGGAAAGGCCAGCUGCAAGAAUAAAAUCUAUGAGGCAUGGAUGUGGCUAUGUGGGAGACCAGAGGCUACAAUUAGUGCCAGUGAAGCAUAUAAUGUUUUUAGUUAGGGGACUUAAGGUUCAUUGACACAACUAGGACUGGGGAUCUGGCUAAGCAAGUAGAGCUAGACCAUGUGAGGAACCAUUGGGCUCACUCCAGGACUCUGGGGGCAGCCUUCUAAAGUGAUAUAAAGACUGCAUCAAGGCAUGGCAAGAAAGCAGGAAAGAAAAUAUAACAAUGAAGACUGCACUUAUUUUUAUCUGCCUUUUGGGAAUAGCUUGUGCUUUCUCAAUCAAGAGCUUCCGCAGAAGAGCAAAAUCAGAUGACUCUGAAGAAAAUGCGGUUUUCAAGAACAGGCAUCGAUAUUAUUUUUACAGAUAUGCCUAUGUGUAUCCACCACAGAGAAGAAUGCAGAGCAGUGACUCAUCAGAAGAGGAAGGGGAUGGUGAUAGCUCAGAUGAAGAGGAGGAAGAGGGGCAGGAACAGUCUAACGAAGGGGAGAAUGAAGGUGAAGAGACCACCACAGAGGCUCCCACUGGGAAGGUCCCCGUAGACAAGAAGGGAUUUAGCAAAGGAGAAACCAAAGCUCCUAAGAAGGGCCAAGACUGCAAAGGUCCUGAGAAAGAAGAGAAGAGUGAAGCCCUUAAAAGGGGGGGAAAGGGCAAGGCUCCAGAAAAAGGUGGGAUGAGCAAAGGCUCUGAAAAUGAAGAUAGUGAUGAAAAUGAGGAGGAGGACAAUGAAGAGGAGGAAAAUGGAAAUGAAGAAAAAGUGGAUGAAAAUGGAAAUGGCAUUAAUGGCACUAGCACCAACACUACUGAAGCAGAGACUGGGAAUGGAAGUAAUGGCCUAGGUGAGAAUGGGGAAGGCAAUGGCAAUGAGGGGGCUGAAGGGGGAAAUGAGGAGGAAGAAGAGGAGGAAGAAAAUGAAACUGAAGCAACGACUGUCAUCACCACCACUGGAGAUCAGGGGCUGUAUGACACAACUACCACUGAGGAUGAGGUGCCUUAUGACACUACCACCACUGUAGAUCAGGAGGGUUAUGGGUAUGAAGAAAGUCCUACCCCCGGCUAUGAAAACGGAUAUGAAAGCCAAACAGAUUAUAACUACGGAAGCGAGAAUGGGUACCCCCGCGGAGACACCUACAGAACUUAUGAAGAUGAGUACAGCUAUUACAAAGGGCAUGGAUAUGAUGUCUAUGGCCAUGAUUACUAUUAUAGUCAAUGAAGAGCAAGACCUUGAUUGAUCUUGUUAAUGCUAAUACUCUGCAUAGCAAUUGUUUUCAAAGUUCAACUCAGGAAAGUAUGACAAAAUGUAACUUGGUGCCUGUAUAAAAAAGAAAAAAAAACCCUGGUUCUUAGUUUAAAAAAAAAAAAAAAAAGCUCUCUAUGGAGGUAGUCACACGUUCACUUGCAGUGGUUGCAAAUCACUGGAGUGCUGUCACCUAUUCAGGUUUGCAUGUAUUAAAGUUAGUAUGUUAGAUAAUAUUGCCUGAAAGGGAACAAUUUAGCAAUGCUACAAUGGUACUUAAUAUGCACUAAACUGCUUGAACAUGCAUUUGCUUAACAUGUUAAUUACACCUAGUAAAUGUUAUGUUGAAUGAGUGACACCACCCUAUUAAAUACAUGCUUUUGACCAGGAUUCAUACACUUGGUGUGGACAUUUAUAUACCCUACCAGGGACCGUAGCAUUUUAAUCUCAAUACUGAGGAAUAUUGUGUAUAAGAUGGCAUUAUCAUAAAAUGAGUUUUGUUGUACACGUUAUAUUUGCAGUCUAUCCAUUGUUUAUAUUAAACUCAAAACUCAUUUUAAAGCAA